AUGUUCGCCCUCGUCGUCGCCCUCGCCGCUACCAUCCUCCUCACUCCCACCGCUCUCGCGCAAAACAGCGACGGCCAGUACACCGUCUGGUCGAGCGUCAUCUUCCAGCGCACCGGCGAACGCACCCCAGAGAUCAUCCGCGACAACAGCCCCGUCACACUCACCUCCAUCGGCGCCAACCAAGCCUACGAAGCCGGGGCCUGGUUCCGCCGUCGCUACAUCGAUGCGGCAAUCCCCUCGAACCGCAACGGCACGAAUGGAGCUUUCAACGCCGGUGCGCCGCUGUGGGGGUUGAACGCGGAUAUCUACAGCAGUGCGGAGACGUAUGCGAUUUCGUUGGAUCAGCAGUUCAAUGUUGCCACGGCGAGUGCGUUUUUCCAGGGCUUGUAUCCACCCAUCGGACCCAGUCAGAAUGGGAGUGUUAGUUCGACGAUCGAUCCGACGGGGUUGGAUGCGGAGAAUCAAUAUAUCCUAGCUCCACUCAAUGGCUACCAAUACCCACAGAUCCACACCGCCGACGGCUUCGACCCGAACUUCAUCUACCUCUCCGGCAACCUCGACUGUCCCGCCUUCGACUCCGCCGCGGGCGAAUACCUCAAAACAACCCAGUACAGCGUCACGCAGGAACAAUUCGACGGCAUUUACGACGCCAUCGGCAGCGCGCUCCUCCAGAACGUAAUCCCACUCGACACCUGGGACUACCGCAACGCCUACCCCAUCUACGACUACCUCUCCUACCAAUACAACCACAACAGCACCGCGCAAGACACCCUCAACCGCUACCGCGACGUGGCAACCAACACCUCCUACCUCACCAUCCUGCGCGACCUCUCCUCGGAGCAGCAAUACGCGCAGCUCGGAAACCUCUCCCAGACACCCACCUUCUCGACCGGCGAGACCGGCGGCAUCUCCACCAUCGCGGGGAACUACCUCGCCGCGCGCAUCCUCUCCCAGCUCCAACAAGCCAUCGCCUCCAGCGGCACGCAGUUCAAACUCAACCUCCUCUUCGCAGACUUCUACCCCCUCCUCUCCCUCUUCGCCCUGACCCAACUCCCCGCAGCCUCCCCCAACUUCUACGGAACCCCCGCCUUCGCCUCCUCCGCGGUAUUCGAACUCUUCUCCUACUCCAACGCCUCCUUCCCGGCUGAAGAAGACCUCUGGGUGAAAUUCUACUUCCGCAACGGCACGUCCGACGAAGAUGCGUACCAGAGCUACUCCCUCUUCGACCUCGGGCCCUCCCAAGCCGAACUCCCCUGGGCCGACUUCCAGCAGCAAAUGGCCGCCAUCUCCGUCGGCAGCGUAGGCGAAUGGUGCACGCUCUGCGGCGCCACGAACCUCUUCUGCUCCGCUUACAACGCCUCGCAGACACGCUCUUGGCUCGACGGGUCCGGCUCUUUCAACAACUCCCACCGAGGUCUCGCCCCCGCCCUCGCAGGCCUCAUCGGCGCCCUCGUCGCCCUCGCCGUCGCAGCCUGCCUCUUCGCCGCGAGUAUGCUCCUCUUCGGCAUCCGUCUGCACCGUCGCAGGAGUCCGAAAUCUGAGCUCGGCGGGUUUAAAGGCGGGGCGAAGAUGGCGAGUGAUCAGGACUUGACGAUUCCGAAGGGGGGCGGGGGCGCGGAGGUUGUGGAGGAGCAGCAGGGGCCUAUGAGUCCUGUUGUUGCUGGGGGCCAUGAGAGGGUGGGGAGUUGGGAGUUGAAGAGUAAGGAUGUGGAGGCUGGCAAUUUGAGGGUUGGGUUGAGUUUUCCGAGUGCGAGGGGGAGUUUGGAGGAGAUGGGGAAGAGGGCGGAGCCGAGUGAGAGGGUUUGA